GAGACACACGGGAGCAGGCUAAUUAAGCUCAAGUGGAGACUUGCGACUAGUCAGGACGCACAGACCCCAUCCUGUUCUCUGACAAAAAAACAUAUUCCUGUCAUUCAUUGACAGUUUACAUGUCACCUUUUCUUCCCAUGCAUUUUCUAAAACAUUUUUCUCCAAGGCACUGAGAGCCAAACUAAGUGUGUGGGAUAUUUGUUUUUUCCCACUGCUUUGGUCAUUUUUGGUUGUCAGAGUCUACACAGGAGAAGACAGACCGCUCUCUUCGCCUCUAUCUCCGACGCGGGUCAUCAAAAGGAAAAAGUCAAGUGGAUAAGACUGAUGUUUUCGUCCAGUCACAUGUAGAAGCGUUGGACUAUUGCAGUAGACAUUCGUUACUGGGUCGUUUUUUUACACUGUUUUUCCGCAACGGCACCAUAAAGGAGGAAUACCAAGGCAUUUGGCUGCAAAAACAAGCAAAAAAUCAAUCAGAACUCCAUCAUGGGCUGCCCCCUCUUGCGGAACGCGUUUGCUGGCUUGAUCCUGGUGCUGCUGUCGAAAGCGUCCAGUGUGCGUGGAGCAGAAUUCGGACACCUGCCGGACAACAUUACAGUGUUGGAAGGAGAAAGCGUCACUUUGAGAUGUCGGAUUGACGAGGAGGUGACCCACAAGGCCUGGCUGAACCGCUCCAACAUCCUGUUCACGGGGACAGACAAGUGGUCACUGGACAAGCGUGUGACGCUGGCCAACAGCAACAACAGUGACUUCUCCAUCCACAUCGACAAGGUGCAAAUAUCCGACGAGGGGCCUUACACAUGCACCUUCCAGGCCAACAACAAGCCCCGCAUCGCCCAUGUCUACCUCAUCGUCCAAGUGCCGGCCAGAAUCGUCAACAUCUCCAAAAACGUGUCUGUGAACGAAGGGGAGAACGUAAACCUCUUCUGUCUGGCGGUGGGUCGGCCUGAGCCCACUGUCACCUGGAAAGACCAGAAAUAUGGGCUGGUGAGUGACGGGGAGUUCCUAGACAUCACAGAGAUCAAGAGGCAGCAGGCCGAGGACUACGAAUGCAUCACCAACAAUGGAGUGGCUCCUCCCGAUCAGCGCAAGGUCAAGGUCACGGUCAACUACCCUCCCAUGAUCACAGACAUGAAGAACAUGCCAGCCCAUUUGGGUAAAACGGCCAUCUUGCGCUGCGAAGCCAUGGCAGUCCCACAAGCCGGCUUCGAGUGGUACAGAGAUGAACACAAGCUGGUAGAGAGUGACAACACCCUGAGGAUCAAAAACGAGAAGACGCGCUCGCUGUUGCUGUUCACCAAUGUGACAGAGAAACACUUUGGCAACUACACCUGCUUUGCCUCAAACAGUCUUGGGGCCUCCAACGCCAGCAUGCUGCUUUUUCGACCGGGGGCCAUUAAGGGGCGAGGAGCCGGUCUACAUGCAGGGAUGAGUGUCGGCGUGUCUGUUUGGCUUUCCCUCUCUGCUGUUCUUCUGCUGAAGGUGUAAAGACGGAGCUCCACCUGGAAUUGUCCCGAAAUGUCCCUUAAAGCCCCCUCCCCCCUCUUCCUCCCUCUCUCCCCCUCUACGGAUGGAAGAAGGAAAUGAAAUUCUUUAAUUACGAACCCAUCACUGUGAACAAAAAGAAUAUGCAUUAUUCCAGGAUCCAUUGAAUCAUUGCAUCAAACACAACCCCAUUAAACCCCCCCCCAACACCCCCCCCCCACACACACACACACACACCCUCAAUUCAAUUUCGAGGUCAAACCACUGUAAUCAUCUCUUCCUCUCUCACAGUCUGUCUCUCUCUUUUUGUCUCCCAGAAUGCCUUGCAGAUUUGUCUGACUUGGUACCCCCCUCCUCACCUAGCUUUCCCUUCAUGAUUACCACUGGGCUGAUGUUGAUAGAGAGUGUAUAUUAACGAUUAUUGUGUCUGUGAUCAAUGAGAAAAUAGAUAAUCUAACAACUGGACGAUCAUUGAUGUAAUAUACUACAUAGACUAAUGACUGACCUACAAUGUUUGCCUUAUGGGAAUGGUACAUAAAAUCUCAAUAUUACGGUGGAUAUUUAUGGAAAUUAUAGUUAUCAUGUGGUACUGAUGGUCAUGUGACCUUUUGAAAAAUUGUCCAGUUGGUGGCUAUGUGAAGUGUCACCCUGUGAUCACACACAUCUACACACACAAACACACACACACACACACACACACACACACACGUAUGGCUUUUUACUUUUAACUGUGUAGCAGUGGAAGCUGCUAUGAAUGAUGUCAAAUGUAUUUUAAAAAAAGGGUGGGUGGUGAAGGUGUCAGUCUUAACUUCCCCUUUAUGUAAUUCGGGGGGUUUAUACCAAGGUUUCGCAUGUAGACCCCCUCACUACCCAAACCUUUUUAGACCCCUUACCCCCGCCCCCGCCCGUCUGUUCAACGUGCUCUGUCUAGUCCCCCAUGCAUCGCUGUAGUGUUUCCUGCUCCGUGUUACCCCCUUCCUCCCCCAGUCUCCCUCCCCAGUGUAAAUAUAUGCAGUACAGAGGCCCCGCCGGUGACCUCAUGUUGCCUGGCGCCGAACGACAGCUCCCAUCAGCCUCGACUAUGCUCCAGUUAUCUGAAGCAGCAAGAGACUGUCAAGUGACACCAAUAUCUUCUGUUUCAAAGCUGCGACUCCAUCCUCUUUGUCGCUUGUUGAUAGCAUGUACCGGUUAGAGAUGUUCCUGUUGUGACUCCAUUCACUCCCUCCCUCCUUCCCUGCACUGUGUCUGUUUACUCUGCAAGGUUACCUGCUUUUACUUUCUUGGUGUUAAUAAUAGUACAGAUGAUGAUGAUGUUAAUAAGUAUUUGAAUAACUAUGAAUAGUAAUUCCAUGUGAGAAAAAAAAGAACAAAUCUGAUGGUAAUGAACCGUGCGUGGGAAAAAUAAUUUUUGUACUUACUCUGAGAAAUCACACACAUUGAACGACUACAACAAAAAACAAACAAAAAAAAGACAUGUAAAGUUUUUGAAGUGAUGUGCUCUAUUUUGCCAUGACAAGCUUUUUAAAAACGCAUUUGAAACAGUCUGAAGGAUUAUUUCAUCCAAGUCCAGAAGCAGUGAAUGAUGAUGUCAUUUAUCAUUUGUAACAGUUUAUGUAUUGGACUCUUUUUUUGUCAUGCUGUUAACUGCAUCACCCACACACACCUACUGCAUAUUUGUCCACCUAUCAUAGUUUGUCUCUCUCCGACCAGCUAGAUAAAUGAUUUGGAUCCAUGUCAGGCUCUGGUCGUGGCUGUACUGUAAGUUGGUUCUUGUUUGGCCGGACUACAGGGAGAUAAAGAUGUAAUUAGCCAUUACCUGUGGCUGGCUAAGUGAAGGAACCCGGGCUCCACCUGUCCCUCCUGCCAGCCAGUGAUGGCCCCCAUAAAUCAAGCUCAAUCCUGCCACUGACAGGAAUCCUCUUCAAGGACAAGCUCGCCUUGGUGCGCCGGUCCGCCCUUCAGUGUGUACCUGUGACAUGCAGACAUGGGCACUACAAAACCUCCAUGGCACAAUUAUCCAUCCACUGCCCCCGCACAGCACAAACAGUGGGAGGUAAGCCCAUAUUUCAAUACGGUGGCACUCGACUCUCCACUGAAACACUGUUCCACUCACAUGCAGCGACUAUAUGCAAAUAUGCCAUAACGAGCCUGCACGGAGAGACGAGUUUCCCCCGGCUGAACCCUGCGACCUUAAAGGGAAAUUACUCUGAAUUACUCUGAUUACUGUAUUGAAUCAAUUGUCUGAAUGUGUUUUGUUUGAUUUUGUUUCAAACCAGCAAUAACCCCUAACUCUACUGUGCAAGAGGUAUCAGAUAUGGGUAAAGUUGUGGUGUAAUAUCUGAAAAAAAUCACAUUAACAAGGUAUAUCAAAUAGGUCUAUUGUUGUACUUUCACUGUGUGCAGUACUCGGAAAUGAUUGUGAAGCUCUGUUUAAAUGGCCCUUAAUCUAAAACAAUACAUGUUGUACUCAAAAAAGUCUUGCCCUCUGCGAUGUAUUCGGGUUGUCUCUGUGACACAACACACUGUUUGUGCAUGCAUCUUGUCGCUCCAAAAAUAAUGAUGGAUUCCAUUUCAAGCACAAGAGCAGGUUGUUCGGUCAAUGCUUCUUUUUUCUAUCUCAUUCACUUUUUUAGCCUCAACAUCUCAGCCAUUCAUGCUGUUUGUUUUUUCUUUGGUUUUCCGCUCAAAUAUUGUAUACUGUUCCAUGUCAGCAUCCCACUGGGUCUGUCGGUGGCAUAUAACAUCUGUAUGUACAUAAUCUGUCCUUAAUGAAGAAAAAGAAAAAAAAUGGAAGAAAAUGUUAAAAAGAAAAAAACAUGGACUUAAAAAAAACAUUCCGUCAUGUUUCUCAAUGUGGGUUUGAAAAAAAGCACGUCAAUGUUCGUGUGUGGGUGGAUUUUGAAAAAAAAGAAACAAGCAAACAUUGUAUGUUGUGUUCAGGUUCAUGGUUGAAUGUUCCAGAUGGAUAGCGAUUCAGGCAAUAUGACUUGAGAUUGAGGAGUGAUUACAAACAGAAUGUGGGCAUGUGUACACACAAACAGCAAAAUAACAUGUUUUCAUUAGUCAUGGUGUAUGAAGAUGAAUCACAAGACUCGAGAGGGUGUGGGCAAGGAGGCAGCAGAUCCCCUGGGUGCACAAUUUGAGGGUAGAAGAGGAUGCUGUUGAGAGAGCACCCGGUGCAACGGGCCUGUGGGAGGAUACCAUGACAAUACAACAAAAGCUGAGAGCCAGGGGGAGAUGGGAUGACUGUGACUGUGAACCCUCUAGUUAGAGAAGGGAGACAGGCAAGCGCUCGUAUUGCAUUUCCAAACUUGGGCACUGUGGUCCCUCCCAGGGGAAGGUGUACCACACACUAUUUAUGGUUGCGCUAUGUAAUGAAUAGCAUUAACAUAGCCUUGAUCGCAAACACAGUCUGGCCUACUUCAAGUGUAUAAAUAAUAACCCAACUGGGGUUCAAUGAGUUUACGGUGAUAUAAACAAGACGUUUGCUUGGCCCCUAAUUACAUUCGGUGCACCCUGAUGAGAAAGUGUUGAUUGGCUUCUGCAGCUGAAGGUUAUGAUCUGUUUACUUUGUUAAUAAGGUGCCACGAGGCUGUUGUUUAGAGCUUGCAAAACUAGCACAUAGUGCCACUUUAACAUGUAUAGCAUUGUGUUGAAGCUGCACUGUUGUUUAUGGGGAGAUUUAUUCAAUGGGUUUUCAUGGGUGGAAAAGGAGUUGAAGGUAUUGUGUUGUCAUUGAAUGGAACUUGUAGUUUUUGUUAACAAACCAGUGCAGUGUUAAGAGAUGGAUUUUUUUUUAACUGGGUUGGUAAAAUACUUUAAAAUACGUUGAACAGUUUGAAAGCACUGUGUCUCUGCUCCACCCAUCAUUGCUGAAGCAAAGACUAGAUUAGCAAGAAGCAAAGCCCAGAGAACGUGUCAACGUAGUGCUUUCUCCAUUUAGUAUGUGGCAGGCUUAUGCUGUAGCUUUUCCUACAACACCCUCGCAGAACAGAUCCCGGACCGAUUUUCAAUUUUGAAUGCAAUGGUUAAUCAAUACAUUCGACCAAAUGGCUUUGGAAUAGAGCAAUUUCUCCCUGGCUUGCUUUACCAGGUCCCCAGAAGCUGAAUUGAUCAAGUGUCUAUAGACCAGCCUUAGAACAGAGAGCAUAAUUCAUCAUGCCUGAUACAAGACACUCCUAAUUGUGCAUUGAUUUCAAACCCUGCGCCGAAACUAUUUGGGCAAGCUGUAAUGUCAGCUCAGUAAACUAUGUGUUCAGACGCUUCAGAUCCAGGGAAUGAAAAAUUAAUCAUUUGUUUUUCUUUUCAAGUCAAUCCAGGCUGGUGGUUUUUUUUUGUUGCUUUCUGCUACAUAAUAUCCUGUUAACCGAACAUGGUCCCUGGGCGGUUACGCUCUGUGCAAUUGAGUGUGUGCUCUAAGGUAACUUUUCAUUUUAUUAGCAAUGAGAGCGAUUUGCUCUGGAUCAUUUUGCAGUUCAGUCAGCAUUGUGUAUCAACAGGCUGGUUUGUUGUUAUAAAGAAAUGGCGGCAACGCAAUAUAGCCUACAAAAGAAAGAAAUGAUGUAUAUGUAACAGAUUAUAAUUUUGUGACAAAUGGCAAAAUGUUUCAGCACCAGAGUCAGUAUACAAAUAAGCUAUAUACACAGUGAUAAUUAUAUAUGACGAUUAUCGUUGCUCUAAAUCUCCUGCCCACGUCCUUUACAACAAAGCACGUCUAAUUCCCAUAUAUUAUCCUAAUUAUCCAUUGUUUACCAACGAUCUACCGGCUCAUUCGGUUCUCAUGGGCAAAGUCCAUGUUGCAAGUCUAUUAGGGCCCAGAACUUUUUCAUUACCCCAGCUAAUGAGUGCAUUAUCAUACAGCAUGCUAGACAGAGUUGUGACGCGGAGAGUCUCCACAACAGAGAGCAUGAGCACACUUCAGGUUCAGAUUAAUUAAAGUCGCAUGACCAUUGCAGGAUGUAGGUUUAGAUCAAGAUUAGUGUUAGAUGGAUGGUUGGAUGGAUGGAUAGAUAGAUAACUGAAACGUUGACUUAAAUUAAAGAUAUUAUGUCAACAGAUUUCACUUAACUGUAUUAGGCUUGGUGAAAGCAAUAAUUUUAAGUUUGAAAAAUAAAAAUUGAAGGAUCAACUUAAUGUUAUUGCUUUCAAGGACAAGCUCACCUUGGUGUGUACCUGUGACAUGCAGACAUGGGCCCUACAAAACCUCCAUGGCACAAUUAUCCAUCCACGGCCCCUGCAAAGCACAAACAGUGGGAGCUAAGCCCAUAUUUCAAUACUGUCUAUCUGUGUAUUUCUAAUAGAUAGUAAUUAAGAGUAGUAACAUUCCUUACACAUAUCAUUCGGUUCAGGUGUUCUGUAUAUAAAUUAAAACCCCCGCUUGCAGCAAAGAUGCCGAGCCAGAGAGAGGCAGCCUCGCCCUCUUCCUCACUGCGACCACAGAUGGCGUCCUGUCAAUCACUCACCUCUUUGAGAACGGGAGCGCAUGGAUAAUUAACAGCGUGCUCCACUCCGCCAGUCGAGCAACAGCGUCGUGCGCAUGGACCAGGCAACACAAUGGAGGCAUCUCGCCCACCACGUCUCCCCUAGUCAUUAAGUCGCCCACCUCACUUCUCCAACAUCGAAAGAGUCCCAUUACUUGGCCUCUCUGAAUCACCAGCCCACGCCUGGCAUUUUCCUUGUCAAUCAACCAAGGGGGUAAAUAUUGGUUGUGGUGCUGAGAACUGACAGGGGAAACUUGGAUUUCUUUCACAAGUGACAGCACCAACUGGUGUUUUUGUGCUGAUUUAUAUUGCAGUUAUGUGGCGGCGGGUCUGCGGUGAAGUCAGCGAUGCGGGCUACAAGUGUCUUAUUACCGUGUUAGGUGCGCCUGAGUCUGGGAUACAUGACAGGAUGUAUGAUAGGUGCUGGUCAUGUGCUUUGUGCCUCAAGAGGGCAAUCACAGUGAACCGACUGCAGGAAACCCUCACUGCAGAGUAAUGGGAAAUGUCUAAUUUGGGAGCUAAUAAGAAAUUUUACCAGAAGAAAAAAACAACCGUGGCUAAUUGAGGGAAUGAGAUGGCUUAGGUUAGUGUUGAAUGUGGAACCCAUCUCUCCUACUCACCUCUUGUUCUUCUUCCCUCGCUUGUUACUCCUCCCUACACACAUUCAUACAGACACACUUACACACACACACACACACACACACCCAUGUAGUGUUUCCUUCGUCCUUCCUGUCCUCCAUUUCCUUCUUUUUUUGUGGGGAGUUAACCUGGAAAAUGUUCUGCCCUCCCACCCCUCAGUGCUCCAGGUUUGCCCACUCUGCUGUUGCCGAUAUAAAUGGUA